AUGUCCGACUUGGCAAAAGACAAAGCAGCGCGUCUGCUGAGGAAAAGAGGGAGCGUAUCUUCUCUAAGCAGUCACGAUGUUAGACCAAGAGAGAGCUUCACAAAACCAAAAGACUCCAGCAGUACUGUAUCCUAUAUGGAUGACCCCGGCCAGCAUGAAGAUGUAGUGCACGUGCCAGUCCAGAUGGAGAACACCUAUCACUUAGGUCCCACAAAACGCUUUCCUGUAGCCACCGUUAAUCACAUCUUAAAGGACGUCUUGACGAGUUAUCUUCAGAACCAGAUAUAUGAACCUGAAAUCUGCAGACAGUUGACAAAAACCAUCUCAGAGGUUGUUAAGGCACGUGUUAAAGAUCUGAUGAUACCAAGAUACAAGAUUGUCGUCCUCCUCUAUAUCGGCCAGAUGAAUGAACAAAGUAUGCGAAUAGGGAGCCGAUGUCUUUGGGAUGCGACAAAUGAUACAUUCGCUUCUUUUACAUUCAAAAACGGCUCUCUGUUUGCGGUUGGAACGGUAUAUGCAGUUUACUUUGAGUGAAAGUAAAAACUUAACGGACUUUUGUAUAUGCAACCUCAUUCAUAUUCUAAACAGUUCCAAAGAUUUUUAGAGGAAACUCAAAGUCAGCAAACCCGAUACAUCUAAAAUGAGUUUUCUGUAUUCACGAUAAUUUUUGUACUAAGACUAUUUAUAUCAAUUUCUUGUACCUCAUUAGAGAAUACAGUUAAAUUAAGUGACAUUAAUGUUGAGUAUUAAAAUGCUUUAAUUGGGUAAUAGUCUAAUUUUUGCAUUACUAACCCCAACUGUGAGCUCGCUUCCACUGAGCCGUAAUUCGGUUUGCGUGCGUUUGCAAACCAAUAAAUAUGCUGUUGGACGUAA